AUGGGGGGGGGCCGCGCCGCCGCCGCCGUGCCGCCUUCUCCCGCUUUGACCUCCCCCAGCUGCUUCUCCUCAAAUCAACCUGUGAGCUUGCGAGGGCGGCGGGGGUGGGAGUGCUCUCGGGCGGCGUGUGCGAGCGCGCGCGGCGCGAGAUCUCUUUCGCGAGGGCACGGUGGGUCGG